AUGGACGCCAGGGAUCCCGACGCCGGAGAAUCUAGCUCGCCGCAGUUGGCAAAUAGGACUAUGGGGAGAGAUGAUCGUCCCGGUAUUCCGCAGCUGUUUACUUCCGUAUCCGUGCCUUCUUUGAACGAGGCUGCUUCAUAUCUAGCUGAAACUACGUCGAUCUUUACCCGAUGCUUCCCGGAGAUUUCAAUAAGAUCUGUAUCCCAAGACCCUGAUGGACUGGAAAUGCUGCCAUUUGUUUCAAGGGAGCAUGGUGCCAGGUCAGUUAACCGGAAUGGGGAUUCAAGCACCAGUCCAUCUGUUUCGGGAUCAAUAGUUACCAGAUACAAUGCCCCAGUAGUCCAUGGUGGUAUUACCAGGAGUUCAUCUGGUGCCUCCCCUCGAACUUCUAAUGCACUUGUCCAAUCUAAUACCAAUCAGAAUGGUCUUUCCAUCUUUCAAGGCCUCAUUGAGAGGGUGAGGAAGACAGUUCGGGGCUCUGCUGAUGACAUUGGAUGGUUGCAACGAGAUCCGAGCAUGCCACCUGUCGAAGAGGGAACGGGAAGAUUCACAGAAAUACUCGACGAUAUACGGCAUGGUUUGCAUGCGUUGCCAAACACGAUGGUUUAUUUGUUAGUCCCAGGUCUUUUCAGCAACCACGGACCUCUUUACUUUGUGAACACAAAAACAUAUUUUUCAAAGCUGGGGCUGACCUGUCAUAUUGCAAAAAUUCACAGUGAGGCUUCAGUGGAAAAAAAUGCUAAAGAGAUAAAGGACUACAUUGAGGAAUUAUAUUGGGGCUCCAAAAAACGAGUUUUGCUGCUUGGCCACAGUAAAGGGGGUGUGGAUUCUGCCGCCUGUCUGUCUAUGUAUUGGAAUGAUUUAAAAGAUAAGGUAGCGGGCCUAGCAUUAACACAGAGCCCGUACGGUGGGAGUCCGAUUGCUUCAGAUAUACUGAGAGAAGGCCAGCUUGGUGAUUAUGUCAACAUCCGUAAGCUUAUGGAGAUUCUCAUCUGUAAAGUGAUAAAGGGUGACAUGCAGGCCCUGGAGGACCUGACGUACGACAGAAGGAAGGAUUUCCUUCGGAAGCACCGCCUCCCGAAGGAGCUCCCGCUCGUCUCCUUCCACACCGAGGCCGGCAUCUCGCCAGCUGUCCUUGCCACGCUGUCCCGCGUGGCCCACGCUGAGCUCCCCACAUUCUCUUCUGAACAGCCCCCGACCACUUUACCUGUCGUGAUCCCGCUUGGUGCAGCCAUGGCCGCUUGUGCUCAGCUGCUCCAGAUAAGAUACGGCGAGAAAAGUGACGGGCUCGUUACUUGUCGGGAUGCGGAGGUCCCGGGCUCGGUUGUGGUCCGGCCCGCCCGAAAACUGGAUCACGCGUGGAUGGUCUAUUCAUCCAUCAAUGACAACCCUACGGAAGCAGAUGCCUCUCAGGUGUGUGAAGCGCUUCUUACUUUGCUGGUGGAGGUCGGGCAGAAAACGAGGCACAAGAUCGUGAACAAGAUCGAGUGA